GUUCCGAUCUGGUUGAGCCGAACCAUUCCCCAUCCGCAUCCGCACCCAAACCCAGCCAACGGCCACCAUGGAAGCACCGCCGCCGCCGCCGCCGCCGCCGCCGGCGCUCCCGGACGACGUCGUCGAAGAGAUCCUCCUCCGCCUCCCGCCCGACGACCCAGCCUGCCUCUUCCGCGCCUCCCUCGUCUGCAAGGCCUGGAGGAGCGCCGUCUCCCAUCCCCACUUCCGCCGCCGCUUCAUCGGGCUCCACCGCCACCGGGCACCCCCCGUGCUCGGCUUCCUCCACAACUGGAAAGACGAGCGACUCCCUGACUUCGUCCCCACCACCGCCUCGCCCUUCUCCCUCGCCGCUCCAGACCGCCGGUUCUGGCGCCCCCUCGACUGCCGCCACGGCCGCGCCCUCUUCCUCUCCGACGACCGCCAGGAAACUCAGGAACUCCUCCUGUGGGAGCCAAUCACGGGCGCCCGUCAGGGCAUACCGGUGCCCUCGGCGUUCAGGUGCGACUGGCCGACCGCGGCCGUGUUCUGCGCAGCCGACGGGUGCGACCACCGCGACUGUGCGGGGGGCCCCUUCGGCGUGGUCUUCGUCUUCACCCUCGACAUCUCGCCCAACGCAGACGUUGUCACAUCGGCGUGCUUGUACUCGUCGGAGACUGGCACGUGGGGCAAGCUGAACUCGAGGGAAUACGAGUUCAGCAUGGACUUUGAGCAUCAUUCCAGCGUGCUGGUUGGGAGGUCUCUGCUCUACUUCCUGUCCGACGGUGGGAUGAUCCUGGAGUACAAUUUGGGCAGUGGUGAACUGGCUGUGUUCCGCCCACCACCUGACGAUUACGGCAGUGACAACCACAGAUUUAACCUCAUGCUGGCGGAGGACGGUGGGCUGGGGGUUGCCGAAGCCAUUGAUUUUCAGCUCAUAUUGUGGAAAAGGGAGGUGAGUGAUGGCACUAAUGCACGAUGGGUGCUGAGCCGGAUUGUCGACCUGGACAUCGAUCCAUGCACACUUGUUCCAGUGUUGGGCUUUGCAGAGGGAGCAAAUGCUGUUUUCGUGAAAACUGUUGGUAGUCUCUUCAUGAUCGAGCUGCAGUCGGAGCAGGCGAAAAGGGUGUGCCAUAAUCAUGGCUUCUGUAAUUUGAUUCCAGUUGUCAGCUUCUACACUCCACAUUCUAGGCUCCAAGUGCCCGGGGGUGAACACCAGGACCCAGCGCCGCGGCUGAACCUACUGAGGAGGGGUGGUCAGCAAGGGGUAUGGGAGGAGAAAUCACUAGAAUUGGCGCAAUUGCUGUUUGAUAAGGGGUGCAAGGCUAUCAAUGAGGAGGACUUGGCCCACGCGGCUGACUGCUUCAGACAUGUUCUGGAGAUCAGGGUUCGGCGUUAUGGAGGCCUUGCUCCUGAGUGUGCUAGCACGUUUUACCGUUAUGGAGGUGCCUUGUUAUGCAAAGCUCAGGAGGCAGCCAAUCGUUCAGGUAAUGUUUCAAAGCGUGCACCAAAUGAAGAAUCAAUCACACCUACAACCAACAAAGAUGAUUGUGAAGAAGGGGCAAACUUGCGUGGCAAAGGUCAGACGGAUGGGAACAUGACAGGCGAUGGAGAUGAUUCUGAUUUGGAUUUGGCCUGGAAAAUGUUGAAUACUGCAAGGGUGAUAGUUGCCAAGAGUCCAGAGAAGACAAUGGAGAAGGUUAAUAUAUUGAUUGCUCUAGCUGAAAUCUCCAUGAGAAGAGAGGACAGAGACAGCUCAAUCAGUUACUACUUUGAAGCUUUGGCGAUCUUGGAACAUUUGGUUAGGCCUGACCAUUUUCGAAUUGUCGAUCUAAACAUCCGCAUAUGUUUGGCCUUUGAGUUAGCAUCCAAGGUUGGGGAUGCAAUCCCAUAUUGUGCAAAGGCUAUUUCAUUAUGCAAGUCGCGUAUACAUAAUCUGAAAAUUGCCAAGGAAGGUUUGUUGGCUGAUAAAGACCUUAGAGCAUCUGCUGCUAAAGGACACUCAGGAAAGUCGACUCUGGAAGAUGAAAUAUCUUACCUUGCUAGAAUGUUGCCUCGAUUCCAGAAGAAGCUUGAAGAACUGAAGCAAGCAAUGUCAACCCCAAGCGACGGCAUAGAUAAUAUUAUGAAGAGGGUGGUCUCACAGGCAAGUCAUGAGCAGAGUGUUAACAAUACUAUGGCAAGAACUGCAUCUUUGACUUCUUCACAGAUGGCACGAUCAAACAACAGCUUCCAUUCCCCAACUAUGUCUACGGCAGCACCAAGUGGAAGUAGCGUAACCGACUUUGAGAUUGUUGGCAGAGAGAUGAAACGAGCUAAAGAUGAGUUGAUCUCCUACGAACCUUCUCCAAAGAGACUUGCAGCAGAUGAUUCACCCUCCGUGAAUGAAAUUUGAUAGCAGCUAGAUAGAAAUUCUGAAAUUGCCAAGAUAUGCAUGGGACACCCUAACAAGAUGUUACUACUCCCCGUUCAUGUUCGCUCAAUGGUGAAUACUUAUCUGCUGAAUUGUAUACUCAUUAUUUGAUCUGGUCACUAGGUGUUCUUGGCAUUAGCACAUAAUAACUGAUGGAUCAUCAGUGGCUCUCCGCA